ACACGUGCGGCCGCCGAGCGGGCGGGCCGGGCGGCGGGUCGGGGUCGGCCGCCGCCGGCCGGCCCGCCAGGCCAACAGACAGUGCGUGCCACGCCCGUGCGGCCGCCGCGGCCAUGCGUCGGAGACGGCGACGGUGACAGUGUGACGGUGUGACGGUGUGUCUGUGUGACGAUGGCGGCCUCCGACACUCCGAACGGUGACGACGCCCCUCCGAUCGUCACGCUCAGUGUGGAGCGGGCGCUACUACCCAUCGUUCAACAGAUUUCGGCUCUGGUGAACGCCUCGGAGCGGAGUGAGCGGUCACCGCUGCGCUCCGAGCAGCGCGCGGCCGUGCAGAGGGUCGGCCAGGCCGUCAGUCUGGCCGUCGAACGGUUUGUCACCGUCGGCGAGACCAUCGGCGACGACAACCCCGAGAUCAAGGUCGACAUGUACGAGGCGUGCAAGGAGGCCAGGGCCGCAGGGUCGGCCAUUGAGAAGCUGUGCGCGCUGCAGGCCGAGGCGAAGAGCACAGACCGGGCGACUCUGGUUCGCGCCGCGCGCUGCCUCCUUUCCAGCGUCACCAAGGUGCUCCUACUCGCAGAUACCGUGGUGGUCAAACAGCUGAUCCUCUCCAAGGACAAGGCGGUCCGGACGCUGAGCCGAUUGAAGAGUGUCACCAACUUCACAGAGUUCGUGAAGGCUUUUAGCCAGUUUGGCCAGGAAAUGGUCGAGUUUGCUCAUCUCACUGGCAGCCGACAGAGUGACCUGAAGGAUGAGCGGCGACGAGCGCAGAUCACCGCCGCUCGUCAGGUGCUCGAGAGGUCUACUAUGAUGCUGCUGACGUCUUCCAAGGCGGUGUUACGCCACCCCGACUGUCCCCGGUCACGAGACAACCGGGACACCGUGUUCUGCCAAAUGCGCCGCGCUAUGGACCUCAUCCAUUACGUCGUCAAAGAUGGCAUUUUGGACACGGUGGUUAGUUCUCAGAACGGCCACCAGGCGGCGGCCGCCAGCCGUCUGGACGGGCCGGCCACUGAAGACUGGGAUGCCAACCACACGCUCACGCGCGCCAUUCAAAGGUACGAGGAGUGUGUGGAGAUGACGCGGAUGACGCUGUGCGGCGAGACCUACCGGGAGCGGCUCUCCUCGCUGCUGGAGACCAUAUCGGAGCGGUCACAGGACUUCACCGAUUCGGCCUACACGCCCCACCAGGCCCGCGAGCACAUCCUGCUGCUCUGCGAGCGCGCCAAACUCGAGCUCAAUCAGCUGCUGCGCUGCGGCGUCGCUAUGGAGAACCGAGAAUCGACGUCUCCGACGGCUGAGUAUGACGAGUCAAUAGCGAAUGUGCUCAAAUCGAUGCGGGAGCUGAGGUCAAACUUCCAGGCCAUCGCCAUGGAACAGGCGUCAGAGCUGAUCCGCGGCGUCGGUGACGAGGGAGAGGUGAUAUCGGGUAUGAAGGCCUCGGCACUGGCGGUGGACACCGACCGGCUAGAAGAGUUUUGUUUUCGGUUUCAGGAGCAUAGCGACCAUGUGCAAGAGGUGUGUAAGCUGUUACGUCACGUAGCGCCGACGGAAACGCUGCAGAUUGCCAGCAAAUACUCGGAAAUAAACCUGCGAUUGUACGGGCCGCAGCUCUUAGCUGCCGCCCACAUUGUGUGCCUUCACCCCAACUCCAAAAUAGCUAAAGAAAACUUCGAAGCGUUUGCCGACAUGUGGCUGAAUCUGGUCGGCGACGUCAAGGUGGCCGCCCGGGAGAUAUCCGAAUGUCUGAGGACGGCCGGUCGGCCGGCCCAGCAGCCCGUCUAUAUGUCACUGCCCAGACCCGGCAAGCACGGCACCACCUCCAAACAGGUGCGUCCCGGCCCGCUGGAUGCCGAGGAGCAGGCCAAAAUCUCCAAGUCGGGUCUGGAGAUGAAGCUGGCCAACGAUGAAAUGGCCGCCGAGGCGGACAAGUGGCAGGAGGUCGCCGGCGACGACCAAGACAACGACAUCCUGCGCCGCGCCAAGGCCAUGUCGCAGAUGGCGCUCGGCAUGUACCAGUUCACGCGAGGCGACGGCACGCUCAAGACCACGCAGGACCUCUUCACGCAGGCUGAGUACUUCACCGAGGAGGCCAACCGGCUCUACAAGGUGGUGCGACAGUUCUCCUAUCAGGUGCCACAAGGCGCCAACAAGAAGGAGCUGCUCGAAUAUCUGGACCAGAUCCCGACGCACGUGCAGCAGCUGCAGUUCGCCGUCAAGACGCCCACCGUCGGCAAGGCGGCCACGUUCACCAAGGUCGACAACGUCAUCCAGGACACCAAGAGCGCAAUGAACGUCAUUUCCAGGGUCGUCAAUAUCUGUUUCGCGUGCGCCAGCAAGUACGAGGUGUCGCUGCCGGGCCCAGUAGAGGUGCGAAGCUUGAAGCCAUUUCCGUUUAUGUAUACCCUUUAUCCGACAGAUGUGCGUAGAUUAGCCAAGUACAAUCUGGACUUCCGCGGCCUGUCGCCGCGCGGCCCGUCCGCCUCGCCGUACCGCGGCUCAGAGGGCGCUGACGACGUGCUCGGCUCGGGCUCGGCUGGCGGCAGCGGCGGAGCUCAGACGGCAUCCUCCGACCCCAACAUAUGACAGUUGGGGAUGGCUCGGAGGGGCAAGGGAGACCCGCGUCGCACGCGGGUUUCCUUCCUGCUCUUCUAAGCCAUCGAGACAACGUAUACUGCAGAGGGUGGGACGGCGUAAUGGGGAACUAGAGGUUCCUGAGCUGCCGCCAGGUGGCAGCGCCUGCACCUGGCGGCCGGCUCGGCGAGCGGAGACGAUGGGGUCGAUGGACGAUGCCUUGCUCGACAUUUGGGGUCUCUGAUUUACCAGCGGAAGUUUCUUUUGGUUGUAG